AUGAAUCGUCAUCAGAGUGAUCCCACAGUCCUAACGGGCGAAUACCACAUCUCUGAUGGCAUUACUUCGACUAUCACCAGAACAUACACGAGCUUCAAACAACUCCAGCAAGCUGCCAACAGCGUUCUGGAGACCCUUGAGGCAAACGAUUGCGACGGUAACCAAUGGAUUCUGGUUUUGGGUCUCACCAAAGAAGCGACUGAGCGUUUAGACAAUGACAAGGAAUGUCUUGGUGUCAACUUUCGUUUUGAGUGGGAGGGAGCUACUGGCCUAAUCAAAGUGAUCCCGCGGGCUGCCCACGAAUCCCUAAUCAAUGAUUUCACCGCGAAGGUCGCCUCGGAUCUCCAAAAUAUGGGCAUCUACUGGACGGAACGACGAUGGAUAGGCGCUACGACAUACAAGCCAGUCAACAACAAGGGAAAAGGAGCCGAUCAGGCAUUCACUCCCCCGUCGCGGCAAGUGACCCAGGGACAGACCCGAGGAUGGCCAACUCUGGUCGUCGAGGUAGGAGUCUCGGAGUCUAUGCCCAAGCUGCGUUCCAACGCCAAGUUCUGGUUUAACAAUUCCAAUGGCCAAACCAGAAUCGUGAUUCUCAUCAGCGCUAAAAGGAAUCGGGUGACGUUCGAAAAAUGGAUGCUGAUGCCGCCUAACGCCCCGAACCCGGCACCCCCCGCGUACGUCGCCACACUUCGCUCACGGCCCGUCCACAGACCUCCUCUAGUCAAUCAGCCAGCUGCUAACCAGCAUCUUUACUCGGCUCAAGAGGUUGUCAUUACCCCAACCGGGAUGACCGGCGCCCCGAUGAUUUUGCCCUUCCGGGCCCUGUUUGACAGGGCACCCACAGCGAAUGAGACCGAUGUUACCAUCACCGCCCAGAACUUUAGGGAGUUCGUCCAGACUAUUUUCUGA